AUGUCUGCAUACGCGCCUGUGCGACGCUCCGAAGCCAAUGAAGACGAUGUACCGCGGCCAAGCCUCGCUGAAGAGCCGGGCGUCAAACAAUCGAACAGGCUGGUCGCAAUCAUUCGAAAAUACGGCAGAUUCAUUGGGCCUGGACUCAUGGUAUCAGUGUCUUACAUGGACCCGGGGAAUUUCAGCACAGCAGUUGCAGCAGGCUCCGCACACCGUUAUAAAAUGCUUUUCUCGGUGCUUGUGGCUAACCUUCUGGCUGCGUUUUGGCAGUGCCUCUGCGCUAAGCUCGGGGCAGUAACAGGGCUUGAUUUGGCACAGAACUGCAGGAGGCAUUUGCCCCCAAAUCUAAAUCUCGCGCUUUAUAUUUUGGCCGAGGUGGCCAUUAUCGCAACAGAUCUGGCGGAAGUGGUUGGUACGGCAAUCUCACUGAACAUCCUGUUUAACGUGCCGCUGGCAUUCGGCGUGGUGCUUACUGUUGUUGACGUUCUGAUUGUGCUCAUGGCCUACAAGCCCAACGGAUCGCUGAAGUUAAUAAGAUGGUUCGAAAUGUUUGUGUCUCUUUUAGUGGUCGCAACCGUUGUGUGCUUCACGAUAGAACUGUUUUCAGUGAGCAUCUCAAACGUCGGCGAUGUCUUCAAAGGUUUCCUUCCUAGUAAGGCCGUGGUCGCGGACGAUGGCAUUUACCUCAGUUUGGCUAUUCUGGGCGCAACCGUCAUGCCGCACAGUCUUUACCUGGGCUCUGGAGUAGUACAGCCAAGACUUCGCAACUACGACAUUAGCAAUGGUCACUACAAGCCCAAUGAGACUGAUGUGGACAACAACCACGACAACUACAGGCCCUCUUUCGAUGCAAUCAAUGAUACGCUAAACUUCACCAUUGCGGAGCUGCUGGUCUCGCUCUUCACGGUAGCGCUCUUUGUGAACUGUUCCAUUUUGAUAGUGGCAGGAGCUACGCUCUACGGUACUUCUGAAAACGCUGUCGACGCAGACCUUUUUAGCAUCUACGACCUGUUGUGCAAAAGCUUGUCGAAGGCUGCGGGGACAGUAUUCGUCUUAGCAUUGCUGUUUUCGGGCCAAUCUGCAGGAAUCGUGUGCACUUUGAGCGGUCAGAUGGUCUCAGAGGGCUUUUUGAACUGGAGUGUCGCUCCAGCUCUCAGAAGGUCGCUGACGCGGGCCGUGGCAAUCACACCUUGCCUGAUCCUGGUCUUAGUUGCCGGCCGCAGGGGCCUUUCAGGGGCCCUGAAUGCUUCACAAGUUGUCCUGUCUCUACUGCUACCCUUCGUGUCCGCGCCCCUCCUCUAUUUUACAAGCAACAAGGAAAUCAUGCGCGUCGAGGUCGCUAACAACUGCUACUACGAUAUGCGCGACGUUGGUAUUCCGCUGCAGGAUCUCUGUGAAAAUGCCGAAGACAAUACCUCAGACGCCGUGCCGGAAACACAGCCCAAGUACGUGGACAUGAGUAAUAGCAUGUUCACCACGGUGUGCGCUGUGGUGCUCUGGGUUUGCAUCUCGGGUCUGAACUUUUACUUGCUCGCGAGCUUUUCCGUGGGCCAAGAAACGCAUCUGUAA